GCGUUGGUUCGGAUCUGAUGAGGGAUAAAGCAUGGCGUCUGCGUGAGUGAUUGUGUUUACUUUAUUGUUGGGAAUUUCUAGGGUUUCUGGAAAAUGGAAUGACGCUUCUUUCUUUGACUGUUUCGCGAAAGCAACAGUGAAAAUGUUGGUUGGACACGGAAUGAAGGGCGGCGGCUUGGGGUUUUAGCUCAUCUUUUCGUUUUCGGAUUUGAUUGUGAAGAAGUCGCGAGAGAAUUCGACCGACUUCUGAUGGUCUUGAAUGCUCUAUUUUGUGUAUUUUUGUGCGCGAUCACGGAUGUGAAGUCCGCGGCGAAAUGUAUGGGCUGUUUUGCGUCGUUUUGUGCCGGAUUGUAGGUAUUAAGUUGGGGGCAGAAUGCAGGAGGUGUGUUGGUAAUUGUGGAGAUGCAGAAAAUGUUGCUCUGUGAACAAUCCAAAUGUCUUUCUGUUGAGAAUCCAAAUUUUUCUCUGUGAGCAAUCUAAAUGUUUCUCUGUUGAUUAUCCAAAGUUCUUUCUCUCUGUGAACAAUCUGAAUAUUUCUCUGCGAGUAAUCUGUAUCGUUCUCCUUCAACAAUCCUUGUGAACUGCCCGGCGGGUGGAGAAAUUAAGGUUGUGAUUCUCCGGGUGGUGAAUUUUUCUGCUGUUCUGAAUAAUUUUGUGUGAAUUUUGACAGACCGCACAAAUUUGACCGAGAAAAUUUUGUUUGUGAGUUUGCAUUGUAAAUUCCGUGGCUUAUUGCAGAUAUAGAUGGUGGAAAAUUAAGGAGGCUAUUGGCUAGAAAGUUUUUGCUUUCUAGGGAAAAUAAAUAAAUCCUGUUUGUCUUUCUGCGGCACUCACAGUUUAAGAAGUGAAUUUCUGCGGCACUCAAAGUUUAAGAAGCUUAGUUUCUGUUCAGAAAAAGUUUAUCUGUUUCUUAACGGAUAAUCUUUGUAGGUUCGUCGAUGGAUCUCUCCGGCAUGAACAGUAAACAAAACAAUAAAGUUUGUGUUUUGUUUAGAGCAUGUAUUGACAUUUGUUUGCAAGACGUUAAUUUUCCCGUCGGUCUCGGCGUCGAAUCCUGGUAGAUACCUAAAAGGAGUGUGUUACAUGUCCUUUUGUCUUUAUAAAGUCUACGGUUCAAAUCCCAGUGAUUAGUUGGUAAUCUACUUUUUUAGGUUCGCCUAACAAGGCGCAAAUUCUUAUUAGUAACAAGUUGAAUAAUAAUUUGGCGGGCAGCAUGGGAUGUGCGAGUUCCAAGGAGGGAAUUAAGCGUGCAGAAGGAGAAUUUAAUCAGCCUCUUGCCCGAAGUAUGUCGAUGCCAGUACAUCACCCAGCGGAGAAAAAAGGAGACAGUUAUCACGUAGUGGCCCUAACCUCAAGCACAUAUGGAAUUCUCAAGAUGGAUCCCGUGAAAGACAUCAACGUCAUGGAUGACGAUGAGAAAUCUAAGCGCAGGGAUUUGCAGUUCCGGCAUGGUUAUUACAGCUUUAGGAAGAGUUUAGACCGGUCUUCAGAAAUGGCCGUAAAGAAAUGGUCUGAGGUGAACAAUCUGAUAAGCAAUUAUAAGCUCUUCAGAUCGGCAAAUCACAGCAGAACCCCUUCGCUUGAAGGAGGAGCGUCGCCUGAGACGAUCAAUACAUGGGAGCUCAUGGAAGGGCUGGAGGAUGACUGCGGAAGCAGCCCUUUUCCUUUGCCCAACGGCCAUGUCACUAGGAAAUCUAUGGAUCGAACUCCCGACCGCAACGGCCAUGUCACCAGGAAAUCUAUGGAUCGAACCCUCGACCGCUCGUUUUCUUUGAAUUCUGUGAAGGACGUCGAGCAGCUUGCGAAGGACGAGCCCAAGGGCUCCAUUUGGCAUAGGGUUACUCCCGGCGUGAAGGUCGCCGAUGAGAAUUUUAAAGCUUGCAAGUCGAACAAAAUCAAUGAAACAGUAAACGAGGGUUUGAUGGGUUCGCCCGGGGAUUCGAUUGUGAAACCCCUGUGGUUGCAGCAGGCGGGGGAUGAAUUUCAUGAACUGUGCCCUAAUCUAUUUGACGCAGAUCUGAUUUCGUCUUUCAAGAAAGCUUUGGAUGAUAUUCCCCCUAGUGAUUCGAUGGAGCCCAUGUGCCGAUCACCGUCGCCGCUUAGCCCUAAAGUGGAGGAUGAAAAAGGGACCUUUGGCAGGGUUUCCAGGCUACGUUCCGGCAGUUUUCAGGCCAGGUUGAACAGCUUCCAGCAGCGAAUAGACGAAGGCAAGCCCCCCCUAACCCCCAAGACUCCAAAAAAAUCUCCUGCGGCCAAAACCUCCAAGCAGAAGGCAGCGCCUCCGGGAGGCGAGGACAAGGUGGUUUUGUAUUUCACUAGUCUGAGAGGAAUCCGAAAAACUUUCGAGGAUUGCUGCACGGUGAAGAUGAUUCUGAAAGGUUUUAGGGUUUGGGUGGACGAGAGAGACAUUUCAAUGCAUUCGGCCUUUCGGCAGGAACUGCAGGAUAUAUUGGAGAAACCAACAACCGUUCCCAGGCUGUUUAUCAGGGGGAAAUAUAUUGGUGGGGUAGAGGAAAUUCAGCAGCUGCAUGAAGUGGGUGAAUUGGCUAAAUAUUUGGAGGGCGUUCCUGUCAAUACUUCUUCUGAGCUCUGUGAUGGGUGUGGCGAUGCGAGGUUUGUUAUGUGCCCUGAUUGCGUGGGCAGCCGCAAGAUUUUCAGAGAAGAGGGAAAUUUGAUGCCGGGGAGGUGUUUGCAGUGUAAUGAAAACGGUCUCAUAAGGUGUCCUGUGUGCUGCUCUUGAGGAAAAGGCUUUUGUUAAAUCUUCUUUUCUUCUUUGGUAGUGUAACUAUAUAAAAAUCGCACUCGAGGGACUGGACCGGACCCACAACUCAAAUUUCAUGGGACUUGGACCUGAGAGCGCAAGUGGCAAGCAAUAUAUCAGGUCCGCUGCUUCUGUUUUCUUCCCCUCUUUUUAAACAUUUUCUUUUAAUUUCUAGAGGAGAGGAUUUGUAUUGAAAACCAUGUACCAGAAGUGUUCAAGUGCUUUUGAAUACCUCCUCUCAAAAGUAUUUAGGUUAGAUGCUUUUAAGUACCUCCUUUCAAACGUAUUUCGGUGAGGAUGAUUGUUUCUUUCGGUGUUAGGUUUAUGACUAUAUAUUUUUUAAAGAUGGGGUCUGCUACAUAUUCUGUUUAAGAUAAAAUUAAUAGCUCAUUUUCAAUGGAAAGGAGCGCUCUGCGUCUUUUGUGUCUUCUAUUUUUUCGAGGACCAUUCAAAAGGUCUGGUCAGAAAUAUUUCUGAUUUGUUAUAAGACUUUAAGAAUUUAUCUGUAAAUACAGGUUUCCUCUGAUUCAUAAUAUAUCAGAAAAAUUUAGAGGAAAAGCUUGGUCUGAUUCCAUUGUAAAUUUCAUCCUUCCAUUGUUUGUAAUGAAAAGCAUCUGUUUUAUUGA